AUGAGUGCUGUGGUCUACAUUUGCACUCAGAAUCUCAACGAGCCAGCCUCCACAGUUUUGGUCUGCGUUAAGACCAAAGUAGCACCGAUCAAGCGCAUGACUAUUCCACGUCUGGAACUUACUGCAGCUCUCCUGUUAACUCAACUCGUAACAUCAACGCAGCAGAUGCUCCAGCUAGACCAGGUAGAAACUCACCUUUGGUCAGACUCAGCAGUAGCUCUCGCGUGGAUCAGGAGUCCGGCCUCGAGAUGGAAAGACUUCGUCCACAACAGAGUGGUAAAAAUCCAAGAAACUCUCCUGAAUGCCACUUGGAAACACGUCAGUGGGAAGGAGAAUCCGGCCGACUGCGCCUCCAGGGGCAUAACACCAAGUCAGCUAGCAGAUCAUCACCUCUGGUGGACAGGACCUGAUUGGAUAAAUCAGGACCCUGAAGACUGGCCACGAUCAACUAUCGAUGCUCCACCAAUGGACAUCCUAGAAGUGGCCAAAGAAGCGAAACCAGCAAAAUCUCACCCAGUCGUACAGAGAAUCAACGAGAUUGCCGAGCUCCUCAACAGAUACAGUACGAUGGCAAAGCUGUUAGCAGUAACAGCGACCAUCAACAGGGCCAUCGACAGAUUCAGGAGGCAGCCAAUGCCCCCGGGAUCUAUCUUGAUGACCAGAGAACUCAACGAUGCGAGAUUAUUUUGGGUAAAAAUAACACAACACCAGUACUUUGUUUCAGAACUCAGGGUACUUCUCAGAAAUCAGCAGCUACCUAGAAAUCACCAGUUAGCGAAAUUCACCUCAACUCUGGACGAGGAGGGCAUCAUUCCAGAUUCACCACACUCGUCAUCGCAGAAGCUCACCAGAAGACCCUCCACGGAGGGACACAGCUCACCUUGGCCUACACUCGGCAACGCUAUUGGAUACUCGGUGGCAGGGGCACAGUNAAAUCAGCAGCUACCUAGAAAUCACCAGUUAGCGAAAUUCACCUCAACUCUGGACGAGGAGGGCAUCAUAUUCACCACACUCGUCAUCGCAGAAGCUCACCAGAAGAUCCUCCAGGGAGGGACACAGCUCACCUUGGCCUACAUUCGGCAACGCUAUUGGAUACUCGGUGGCAGGGGCAUAGUUAGAGCCUACAUCCUACGCUGUGCUAUCUGCGCCAGACACCGAGCUAGACAGGCUCAGCAACAGAUGGGUCAAUUGCCCGCAACCAGAGUCUCACCAGCAAGAGCAUUUCUCCACACGGGNAACUCAGAACUCCAUCCAGAACGGAUCCACCCAAUAAUCUUGCCACGUCAGUCCAGAUUCACCACACUCGUCAUCGCAGAAGCUCACCAGAAGAUCCUCCAGGGAGGGACACAGCUCACCUUGGCCUACAUUCGGCAACGCUAUUGGAUACUCGGUGGCAGGGGCAUAGUUAGAGCCUACAUCCUACGCUGUGCUAUCUGCGCCAGACACCGAGCUAGACAGGCUCAGCAACAGAUGGGUCAACUGCCCGCAACCAGAGUCUCACCAGCAAGAGUAUUUCUCCACACGGGGGUGGACUAUGCAGGUCCUUUCGCCAUCCUCAAGUGGAGACCCACCAAUGCUCAACCGGGAUCAGUGCACAUCGCAGUAACAUCACANGCUAAUCUCCAGAACAUCACAGCAGCACACUCGGUGUUUGACAGACAAAUCACCAAGCUCUGUCUGCUUCCCACAGACCCACCUACACCAGAACAACCUCCAGAAGAAGAUCACCCAGAUGAUGAAGACGAUCAACCGCAAGGGGACAUCCAGGAACUGCAGGACUGA